CGAUGAUGGCCUCUAUCGAUGACUUGCUCCACGAUCCUGUACUGGAGGCCGAUCUGAAGCGGCAGCAGAAACAGAUCGUCUUCAACGACAAUUUCCGUCAUGCAUUAGCUGAGCGGCGUCGGUCCACUCGACCGUCCUCCGAAUCCUCAUUUCCUGACGUCGCGCCUGACUACGUCUCGGCCGAUAAAUUCGAGCAGGGUGGUGGUGCGCCGUGGAAGACCCCCGAUCCGAGCCUUCCUACAAUGCUGGCUUUACACUCGGAAUUGGUCGCCUUUGGUAAGUGGCUCGACGCGACACCUCAAGAGAAGGAGGAGCGCCGUAAGAUCGUUCUCGACGUGAGGGCCAUCACCAACGCACUGUGGCCAGAGGCUGUUGUAGUGGAGUUUGGCUCUAGCUGGACCGGUUUGAAUCUACCUGAUGGUGAUAUCGAUCUGGCGAUUCAGCGUUUGCCAGGACCGAACCAUGUUCGGGAGAAUCUAAAGUUACUCAUGAAUCAGUUCGCUAAGGCUCUUCAUGUGUCUAAAAUCGCCACUCAUAUUCACGUUAUCGACACCGCUCGAGUGCCAAUAGUGAAGUUCAUCGACCGUCGUAGCGGCUUUUCGGUGGACGUGGCUUUUGGGCUGCAAGGAGUUGUCACGAAGAGCGGAGAAUGGGUGGUAGCCAAUUGCCAGAAAAUGCCUCAACUGAAGCCUCUUUUGAUGUUCCUUAAACUGUUUCUGUCCAUACGAGGCUUGAGCGAGCCGUACAAAGGGGGCAUCGGCAGUUUCAUGCUGUUUACGAUGCUACUAUGUGGAUUACAUUUGAGCGAUGGUGCGAGAAGUCCUGAACAUUGGCGUAAGGCUUCACUCGGUCACCUCCUGUUCGAAUUCUUCCGUCUCUACUCCAACGAUAUGAACUAUAAGAAGCUCGGCUUACGUCCACCGAAUGGGUCUGCUAAACAGGCUAGCCUCUUCCCCCGAGAGAAUCCAUCAUGGGUUAUCAGCAUCGAAAGUCCCGAAGAUUCCUCUAUCGACCUCGGCCGUGGCACAUUCGACUACCCUCACGUUAUACAAGCCUUCGACAACGCUUACCUCACCAUAUGCUCGGGUGAGCGGAAUGGUCAGAGCCUGUUGCUGACGCACGAGCGAAGCUGGAUAGGCGAUUGA